AUGGCUGAAGAAAUCCAAAAAAAGAUGCAGAAAGAAUUGGAAGUUUUGGGUAGUAUACAGAAAGAGUUCCGUAAGGCGGUCGCCCAGAAGCAACAAUUAGAUAGCCAGUUAAAUGAAAACAAGGCUGUAAAAGAGGAAUUACUGCUUUUAAAGAAAGAUGCUGAGGUAUACAAAUUGAUUGGACCCGUUUUAGUGAAGCAAGAUUUAGAAGAGGCUACUCAAAAUGUAACGAAACGAAUGGAGUACAUCAGUAAAGAGAUUAAAAGAGCAGACGACCAUAUAUCCGCUUUAGAAAACAAGCAAGAAGCCUUACAAGAAAACUUAACAAAGCUUAAGACCAAUCUUAAUAAAAUAAAAGCGAAGGCUUGA